UAAUAGCGACACCGGCUGCAGUCGAACGAAUUCGGCUGAUUUCGGGCGCGUGCCAUACGAGGCGCGCGUAGAGGAGCGCAUGCUGGGACGUGUUACGGACACGCGUGUGUCAGGAACGCGCAUACAUUUCUGUCGUGACUGGCCAGAAGGCGGCGCAGAGGGGACGUGAAGGGGUAGAGGCUUGGGAGAGCAAACAGGCGCGUAGAUAGGCCAGCUCACACGGUGGAGUUUCCGCAGCGAGCUACGGAAUCAUCUUAUGCUCGUAGGUUGCCGCGCGUGACUCGUGUUCAGAGGGUUCCUCGUCGAUGGUCACGCGUCGUGUCAACGCGAAUAGUGACUAACGACAUUUGACAACAGCACGAUCGCGCCGCGUUUAAAAAGGGUGGUUCGAUGAUUAUUCACGAGAAUCAAUCGCGGAUAACUUUGAACAGGAAAAGAGGGUAAAUGCCGUGUAACUGGUUUGCGAACUGAUCGCCAGUAUCAAGGCGGUACGACGAGCUGCUGUGCCUGUGCUACUCGUGGUGGCGAGUGGCAGUGGUAGUAGUGGUCGUGGCGGUGGUGGUGGCUUUCUAUCGUGGUGGUGCCCGUUGGUAGUCGAGACUCAUAUCGUGGUGGUGGUGGUAGUAGUGGUGGUGCUGUCAGAAUAGUGCUGCGCCUCGUUCGGUGACGGUGGCAAGGGAGAGAAGGAAAAGUGGCCCUCGAGGUUACGAGGCCAGAGGAGAAAGUGGGUGUUGCCGGGAGUGACAACGGGAGGAUCAUCUAGGUCCUCGACGCCAGGACUCGUGGAACAGGGGAAUCGGAGUAUAGGAUGCUCGUCGGUCGACGAUCCAGGAGUCGACGUCUCCUAACCGAGAGCCUGAUCCUCGUUGAUCGUGUGCCUCGGUGCCUUCGACGUUGAAAAUUUGCGGACAGGAUGGCAGGAUCGAGCCGGGAACCUCGGCCAGGCCCUAAACGACAAUCUUCAUCCCUCGUAAGUCGUCGCAACAGACGAAGCUGGUCUUCGUUCGAUUAAAGGGCUGCUUCGAACGACGAAGGGAGAAAGAGAGAGGAGGGGUGGUGGUUAGGUUGGCGUCGCGAUCGAGAUGAGCGAUCUACAGGCCACUCUCGAGUUCUCCCUCGAGCUCUGCAAGUUCUACAAUGUCGACCUGUUCCAGCGUGGGUAUUACCAGAUACGAACUGCCCUCAGAGUGUCGCCCAAACUGCCUGUCAAGGUGGAGGUUAACCAGUUACGCAACCACUCGUUGGAGGCGCCUGGGACCAGCAAGCGCUUUCAGAUCCUCUACAGAAACGAAGAGGUGACACUCGGCACCUCGGUCUUAUUCCGAGCUCACGUGCUGGUGCACAGUCACAAGAUCGAGGAGGUUCUCUCCCGCACCCACUUCAAUCUCGGCGUCGAGCUAUGGUUCAGCGAGCCGACGCAACCAGGAAACAUGGCCUGCGUGUCGUCUAGGGCGUUGCAGCUGAACUUCGCGCCCACGAAGGGGCUUCACUAUCAUUUGCCGGUGCUCUUCGACUACUUUCAUCUUGCCGCCGUCUCCAUCACGAUUCAUGCCUGCCUCGUGGCCCUUCAUCAACCUUACAUCAAGAAGAGCAUACUUCAUUAUGUCCAGAGCUGCGCGCCGCGUGGAGGGAAACCGUGGCUACAAUUUAAACAGACUGCAACAAACGGGGACAACAAUGCUCAGUUAGGAAAUAUCGAAACAACAACGAGGUGCGUUGGUUCAGCCACGAGGAUACAACACGCGAAAUUAGUUCAACAGGAAGUAAUCAGGUUACUUCUGGCCGCGAGGGAAUCUUUGCUCAACAACUUAGCUGAUUUAGCCCGUCUGCUACCUUCUUGCCAGCAAAGAGCGCUCGAGCUUGCUCAGAACACGCACAAAGAGAUUACCAAGUUACAGAUGAUGGACACGGAGGAGACUGAUGUCGCUCAACUCUGCGCACAAAAUAUCGUUCUCUGGCAACAUUUUCUGGAAGCAUUCUCCGGACGCGAGGCUGUUCAUCAGCAUCUUGCGAAGAUCCAUCAUCAGCUAAGGGUGAAACGUUUUACGGAAGGUUUCUUCGUGCUAGAAAACCCUAGGUCAUCCGCAUGGGGCUGUUACGAUGCGAACUACCAGUCGUAUCAAGCGGUGAGCGAAGCGGCAAGAAGAUCGCGAUAUCUGUCCUCGUUGCCUCCGCUCCCAGUGCACUGUCCGGAAUUGGACGGAGAUCUUCACUCUCUGCCUUUGAUCUUCGAGGAUCAGUACGUGGAUAUGAAGCAGAGGCACAGAAACAGCGUUCCCGGCAUCGACGACUGCAGUUGCGGCAUAGCAGCAAUCCUAGAGUCGCGAUCCAUGGGAAUCUGGUCACCAAGGAGCGAAGGCGCGGCUCAGGAUAUCGGUUCGGUCCAAGGUCGUCUGAUGCUCACUCCAUCCACGCUUCCUGCCAGGCACAGCAAAUCUUUGGACCAACUAGGUCCAGACAUCGCUCCCGUUCAACCAAGGACAUCGCCAAAGACGCUUCCUCGAUCCGUGUCCACGCAGCUGUUUCCAAGACAGAGAAGCGGGGCGCGAAACGUUACUCCACCAGCGACAGUUCCUUCAAGAGGAAGGCAAAGGUCGACAGCGCCGUCCAGUAGCACGCUUUUCCCUCCUUCGGGGCAGCAAGCCUGCUCCGCUCCAAACCCAUCCCUAGGAUCGACACCCGUCAUCCCGUUGCCUCGCGCCAAGUCUACGCAAAUGUUGGUGUUGCCCAGACAACAAAAUGAUCCGCAGAACACAUCGAUAACGUCGCUCCUCGCAGCUAUGUUUCCUGAAUUACCGCCAGGAGGACAGUUACCUGGGUACAGACCGUCGAACAAGUCCUGCGAACAAACUCUUACGGUACCCACCUGUCUGGGAACGAUGGACCAUGCUCAGAUGACAGAUUGUUGGAGCGAGAAUAAGGCUCCUAAUAUUAAUGAAGAUUACCAUUCUCUGGAUACAAGAAGGAUUCGACUAGAGCCACGCAGUCACCGAUUACCAACGCGUCACCCACUGUCGACCGCCAACGACCAAAACAACUUUCUACCAACAAAAGCGAGCGUCAAUGGCGACACGUUUCUCCCAGAACAACAGCCGCUUCACACAGCCACACUCGACAGAGUGACCUAUCGAGGAAAUUCCCGUAAACAAACGCAUCAAACGGGUGGCAAGUACAGUCAAACGAAUGGUCUAGAAUCUCGCAGGUAUCACACAAUUGGUAAAACUGGGUCCGGGUUAAAUCAGCGAAAUCGAGAGGUUCAGGAUUCAAUGAAUGGCGGAGGGUUGCCCAGCAGUCAUUCGAUGAUGGCUGAUCCUUUGUAUAAAAGAUCCAAUUACACGUCGACAACUACGGACUCCUUCUUUUAUCGAACAAAUGGCACCAGUGGGAGAACACGUGGAGAAGCAGACAGACCAAGGAGACCAAAAAGCACAGAAAGAUUAGUAGAUGACGUUGAUCGUAACGAGUAUUGUGAUUUUCGAAGAGAAAGACCAAGAAGAAGAGAGGAGAGGUCUGCUGUCAAGAGCCCUCGUAAUGGUGUCGCACCUUGUUACGGAGAAGCAGAGAAACAUAGGAGGCCACAUAGCGAAGAUAAGAUGCAAGAAUUAACUAACGAGAUGUUUUACAAGGUGGUGACGUCUGAACCGAAGAAGGAACAACGUGUGGAGAAGAGGAAGGACAGGCAUGGAAGAAGACCACAUUCCGCGCCUGUUCUGGAUAUUGAUCAUCCGGCUGAGGAGAAUAGGAAGUGUAGUCAUAGGAAUAGGAGACCAGCACCUCCACCUCCAGCUUAUCAGGAUCCUGCGGUGGCUCCGCUGCCAAAGUACAGGCCUCCGCCUCCGGUAACCACAACGAGCGUCCUGGGGGUGGAGAAUAAUAAUAAAAUUAUUCUGAAGGUAGAUCCCAUAAAGUCUCCCAUGGAGGCGCCAGCAACGAAUGGAACAACACCAUCCGACACCUCCAGCGCGGUCCCAGCGCCAAGCGUGAAAAGACUGAGAUGUGCGAGUGUGCCAGUGGCGCAGAACAAAGUUGUGGUACCACGAAGCGCAGUGUCGUUACCUUGCAUGCCCAUACGCGACAGCAAGGACAGCCUUAGCAACAAUCUUCCCGUCAUUCCGAAUCCUCUCAGCCCACCGUCCAGCAGACCGAGUAGCCCAACGAUGAGCUCCAGUUCCAGUAACCUUACGUCCGAGUGUUCCGGAUGGGUCAGCAGCGGGGACACGUCUAGCUCCGAGCAGCGUCGAAACGCGAAGCUAUCGAGCGAGCAGCUUCGUCAAAAAUUGUCAAAAAUCGUACCAAGAAAAGAAAGACCCACUCCGACGAAAGAAAGCGUAGAAGAGCAUUCGUACGAAGAAGUACGACUUCCGCCUCCAAAAAUGUUCCAGGACGAACCACCGCCUCCAGAGGAAUUUCGUGAUCCGCCUGCUAUCAUCGAUAAUCCUUUGUAUCACGUUUACGAGACGGUGAAACCAGUUAGAAGUCCUAAACAGACAAAGACUGCGCCAUGUAGUCCUCAGAAGAAUAGAGAUAGGGAGAGGGAGAGAGAUAGAGAUCUUGCAUAUGGAGCUAGGGAUAUUUGUUUAGAUUGUUAUCAAGAGGGCAAGGAACUGUUACAAUCGAUUCAGGAUGAGUCGAUUAAUUUUAAAAAAUGCAAGGAAGCGUUCAAGAGGCAGAUGAGCUUCUCAGGGAAGAUUUACAGAGAACACAAGGAAGCGCAGUUGCGUUUCCAUAAACGUGCCCAUUCCUUUGGAUACGGUGACUUCCUGACCCCGUCGUCGGUAAAACCUCUAAGAUCGAAUGUGCCUCUUAGUGAUUAUCCGACCCUGGCCUCGACCAUGCCGUACUUCCACAUCAGCAACGAGUAUCGGCUGUUCUCGCCGGAAGGAGCUCAUCUGAUUAUCUGCGUGCACGGUCUCGAUGGCAACCCCGCUGAUCUUCGCUUGGUCAAGACGUACUUGGAACUGAGUCUUCCCGGAGCGCAUCUAGAUUUCUUAAUGUCUGAGAGAAAUCAAGGUGACACAUUUUCGGAUUUCGAUACAAUGACGGAUCGACUGGUAGCCGAGAUUCUGCAUCACAUCGAGACGUCGGGCCUGAACCCGACGAAAGUCAGCUUUAUUGGACAUUCUUUAGGGACCAUCAUCAUAAGAAGCGCUCUGACGCGGCCUCAAUUACGGCCGCUUCUUCCACGUUUACACACGUUUCUCAGCCUAAGCGGUCCACACUUAGGUACACUGUAUAACACCAGUGGAUUAGUUAACGCAGGUAUGUGGUUCAUGCAGAAGCUGAAGAAAUCCGUCUCGUUGCUGCAACUGGCUAUGAAAGAUGCGCCGAAUGUUAGACGGUCGUUCAUGUUCCGCCUCAGUCAGAAGAGCAAUCUCGAGAAAUUCAAACACGUGCUGCUGUGCGGGAGCGCGCAGGAUCGAUACGUGCCGCUUCAUUCCGCUCGUAUAGAACUCUGCAAAGCCGCCGUACGGGAUUCGACCGAUCAAGGUGCAGCAUAUCGUGAGAUGGUGCACAACAUCCUGUACCCGGUGAUGUCCUCGUCAGGAGUAAGUUUAGUGAGGUACGACGUGCACCACGCGUUACCUGCGACGGCAAACGCUCUGAUUGGCCGAGCCGCGCACAUCGCCGUCCUCGAUUCCGAGCUUUUCAUCGAGAAGUUCCUGCUGGUGGCUGGUCUGAAAUACUUCAGAUAAGGAACGGACUGCCUAGCGACUUAAAUAACGAACCGUUAAAGGAACAAGAUAAAAAAAAUGAAGAGAAACUAGUCUAAUACUAGCGAAUUAACUAGCAACAGGGAGAGAUGAACAUAAAAAAAGAAAAAAGAAGAAUAAAGUCGAGAGCGGAUUCUCGUAACUCUCCGUGUCGUCUUCGAUCGCAUUAGGAAUAAUUAGCGCGUCCUGCUCGAUAAUUGCCCCGCUUCUAAACUAAAAUACCUUCGCCUCUUUUUUCAACGCUUGCUCCGUUUCUCUUCUUCCAAACGAUGGAAAAUCGGUCGUUCGAUCGAUCAGAAGCGGGGCAAUUCCAACGUUUUUACACACAAGUGGCCACAUCGUUCGGACAUGUUUUAAUAUAAGAACGUCGUCGAUCAGUUUCUCUCGUUAGGUUCCUAAGUGUCAUUCCAUCGUGGCGCCAUUCGAAGCGCGUCCCUCGCCCUCCAUUUCGACGAUUCAUCGAGCCAUCGAACGAUUGUAACGUAUUGUAACGAAUGGACCUAUGUCUGCGCGAAGAAUGGGCCUACGUGAAUGCUUGUUUCCGCAGCUGGCUCUUCUCUCAAUGGAAGAAAAUCACGAAACGAGUAGCUUGAGAUUGGUUUAGGGUGGUUUCAUGGUCAAUCGUGUUGGAUGUGUUCACUGUUAUCUGAGACGAGUACGCGGGAGCAUUUAGAAAAAAUAGAGGACAAAACGUAGGAUGAUAGAGUGGGAAUUUCAUGGAAGAUUAUGUAGAAAUGGCGGAGUUUUUAUUAUUGACGUGCUACGUUACGUGUACUUUUACUCCUCUGUAAGCAAACCGAGUUAUCAACGAUUCCAAAUGUCAUGAAUUAUUUAAUUUCUAUCGGGAGAUCUUUUAACUUAACGUAUGAUUGUACAGUGCAAUGUGCAGAGAUGCAAAAACGUUUAGUGACGCCUACUAAAAGGAAUACUGGGAAUAUAGUAAUUUUCAACAAAGGAUUCGAUAAGAAUUUCGAUUAAUAAUAACAUAAAUUUAUGUGCCAAUAAUCUUCUCACUUACUUGUCGUCUGACAAGAAUCGUAGAAUUGUUUCAGAUUUAUCGAAGAUCUGUAAUCAUAAAGAAAUUAGACUUGAAAAUAAUCUUACUUAUAUCGUCUGUAAGUUCUAUGGAUGAACGUGUUUGCCUACGGAGGAUUAAUGAUGACAAGAUCAAAUCUUCUGAUAAUGAAAUGGAAUACUGGUGGAAAAUGAUUUAUACAGGAUAUAGUAAAUGAAAUAUUUGGUCAGUGAUUUAACUUGAAUUAAAUGGGAAUUGAUGUACAAUAUCUAAAUAGAAACUGGAAUUGAAACUUCCUUUUUAUGAUGAUAAUUGUGAUAUAUAGAUGAAUACUACUCUAUAAUAAUGGUGCUCUGCUUCUUAUCUAUAUCGUUGUUAGUCUGUAUUCCAUUAAUUUAUCUAUCGAGAUAGAAUCUCUUUAUUAACACUUCUGUAACAAGCAUUCCAUUUUGUUAAUUCAGAGCUAAGAUAAUUUUUCAAGUUUCAUUUGCUACUACGCAUACACAUGCAUAUGUAUACGUUGUCUAUUCAGAACAUCUUUCUUGAAAACAGCGCAACAAUAUUUCUCUAUACAGAUGUCAAUAAUUCAACGUAUAUUACGGUAAGUUAAAUCACUGGUUAUAAGUCACCGAUUAAUACUAAUGAACAUUUACGUAAAAUUACGGCAAACCAUCCUAAAGCAAUUUAAAUAUCCAAUUUAAAUACCAAUUUAAAUAUCGAGUUUUCGGCCUAUCGCAAAACCCGAUGCUGUCGAGUAAUUCCCAGGGUAGAAAAGAGGAAUAGAAAAACGGGAAACGUAUAAUCAAUUCAUUAAAAGAUAAUCGGGACACGAAUAAAGGAUCGUUCGAACGAUCCUCAUCGACAUCUAUCAUCGUCAUCGACAUCGAUAUCGCGUCAUCGAUUCCAACCGGAAAAUCCGUUUUAACAUCACUGCGAAAAAAAAGCAAGAAAAGAAUCUCUCGUUAACAAAAUAAUUAAACGAGAAAGGACAAAAUCGUGAACUCGCCUUUUUUUCCCGCUUCUUUUUAAGACUCGAGAGAACACAGCGACGCAUCGCAUGACGGGUUUCACCGUGGCUCCUUUUAACGUAGCCCGGUGUCGAAAAAACAAAAAGAAAAAAAAUGGAAAAAUCUAAAAGAAACGCAAAAAAAUAUACGAUGUAUAUUAUAGAAAACGAAAAAACAAAUUAAGACAAUGCAGGGACACAUUGUCUAGACGCUAGGAAAGUUACGAAACGCAUGUCAAUUGUUACUCUCAGAUAAGUGUGAGUGCGUGUGGUGUGCGGAGGAUGGAUGAGACGCGUAAAGUAUGAAAGCAAGAGAGAGAGAGAGAGAGAGUGAGAGUAUCUUAAUUUAAAAAGAAAACAAAAACGAAACACAGAAAAUAAAAUACUAAGAAAAUGGCAAACAUUGCGGGAAGAGGCAAGAAAAGAAGAUGUAGGGAUACAAGGUACGACGAGGAAUCUCGAAAUGAUCGUUACGUCGAAGCGAUUUACAGAUACAAGAUUUCAAAUGUUUUUUACGUUCGAAUGGUGAUAGUGAAACGAUGAUAGUGAAACGACGAUAGUGAAAAUUAACGGACAGAAGCAAGACGAGCAAGAGGAAUAGUAGAGGAAUAAAAACACGAGGAGAACGAGACAAGUGACUAAACAUUUUCAGGUAUAUGAAAUCCCUCCAAUACUAGAUCUCAAUUGCUCAGAACAAUCUAAGUAAAGAUGUUAUACAUUUAAUCGUAAAAUCGAAGCAACGAAGACGCGCGGCUGUGUCGCGUCUCCUAAUUGCUAAUCGUGAAUGUUAUCGAAAGAAUGGUACGUGUGCAAUUUUGACGUUUUCCAAGAUAGAAGAAGAGGGAGGAGGUCAUGAGUCGAUGAGAUACGCCGCGCUACGCCGAUACGAUUAUGGCAAUUUAAUUUUUUCACGCGACUGGAUGAAAGUUAUUUCGUGAAUUAUAUUGGAAGCAUUUAAUCUGUUGCUCUCUUUUACGAAGUGCGCUUGAAUACUUUGAUUAACGUGUUUGUCGAUAAUUGAGUUUAUUUAUUUAAUUUUUCUGCGAAUUGUCGUUCAAGGUAACGUUUUUCAUUGAUUAUAUUUUUUUAAAUUUUAAGCUUUUACUUAUACCAAGUAACGCGAUUAUCGACGUAUUUGUUAAAUAUAAAUCUAAUAAUUCGUCUAUAAUUUACAUCGAUUAUACUAUAUAUAUAUAUCCAUUACACACUUUACAAGUAUUUGAUUUAGUUAAUAAUUUUAAUCAAAAUUCAAAUAAAUUCUAACGUACAAUUAAAAUCUGGACACGUUGAAAACAAUUUACAGAGCAUUAUUUGUAAACAAUUUUUACAUGAUUUUCUAUGCAUGUAGUAAAGGAAAAUUGCAAUGUCGUACGGCGAUUCUUCUUGUAAUAUCGUUAAGUGUAAACCCACUGCGCCCAAUAUAAACGUUUACCCAUGAGAUUGUCGUGUAAGCCGUUUACAUCGUAAAGAAAAUAAAAAAAAAAAAAAGAAAGAAAAAUG